AUGAUAGUAAAAAAUUUGGUUGGCACAGAGGUCAAGGCCAUGGGCGUAAAGCCCAGCAGGCGUGACUAUCUGCGGCGGAUCCUCGCUUCCAUGAGACUGACAGCGGGAAUCAGCAAGUUAAAGAUAUCCGGUGGGCGAUGCUGCAAGCUUGUGGACUCAAACACGGCCCAGGGUGGGCAGCAGGACCAGAACCACUCGUGCGACGGGAAAUGCGACGCCAAGUCUGGAGCGCCGCUGAAGAGCCCCGUCUUGAGGGUGGACAACCCGAGGAAAAAGACGCUCGUUCUGGAUCUGGACGAGACCCUCGUGCACUCAUCUUUCGAGAAUAAAGGAGGGCACGACGUAACGCUCUCUUUGCAGGGAGAAAACAAGAGCAGGCACGUGUACGUCAAUUUGCGGCCGUUCGCGAGGGAGUUCGUCUCCGCGGCCACCCGCAUGUUUGAGGUGGUCAUAUUCACCGCUGCCACCCAGGACUACGCGAACCCGGUCAUCGACGUCAUAGACUGCGAGCGACGCAUACGCGGAAGGCUUUUCAGGGAAUACUGCACGCACUGGAACGGGUGCUACAUCAAGGACCUCGACAUUUUCGAUCGCGACCCCAAGGACAUUGUCAUCAUCGACAACACACCCGUAUCGUACUACCUGCAGCCGAACAACGCGAUACCGGUUUCGUCGUGGCACGACAACCGCAACGACCGCGAGCUCGUACAGCUGCUCCCGUUUCUGCGGAAGCUUUCCACGGCGAGCGACGUGGUCCCGCUGCUCAACGAGCGGUACCCGUCCAACGAGCUCAACUCCGACAUUUCGCGGAGGCGCGUUCAGUUCGACCACCUCUUUCCUGUACAGCACUUCUAA